AUGGUUUCUGAGUCAACAUCGCUCCUUGACGAGGUAUCUCGGCAUGAAGAAAUCUAUAACCGAUUUUCUCCUGCGAGGAAGAGGACAAUCGUGGCUCUCGUAUCAUGGAGCGCUAUGGUUCCCAUGUUCGCGUCAGGAACUUUUAUACCCGCAAUACCUCAAAUCGCACAUGAUUUGAACUCGACGGGGUCAACAAUCAGCUUGGCUGUUAGUCUAUCAAUGUUUGCUGCUUCACUGGGUGGUAUGACUUGUGCAACGUACAGUGGUUUCUAUGGACGACGACUAAUAUAUCUUGCCAGCAUUCCUUUUCUCACUCUCGGUUCCAUUGGCGUCGCCCUGUCACAUAAUGUCCCUGAGAUGAUGGUCUGGCGGUUUCUUCAAGCGUUUGGGACCUCUGGCGGAAUGUCUAUGGGAGCGGCGAUCAUUGGCGAUAUCUACAAAGUAACGGAACGUGGAUCAGCUAUGGGGAUAUUCUUCGGGGCGACUUUGCUUGGCCCAGCACUCGCACCUCUAGCAGGAGGAUGGGGAGCCCACUACGCGUCGUGGCGGUGGACACAAGCUACUCUAGCUCUCGCUGGGUUUCUCGCUUUCGUCUUGAUGUUGUUUUUCCUUCCAGAAACCAGCCACCCAGGAACUCGGGGGAUCGAUAAGAUGCACGAAGACGUAGAAAGCACCCCAAAACGAUGGACAUGGGUUUGGCUGAAUCCUCUCGCACCCCUGGCUCUUCUACGUAGUCCUCUUCUGAUGCUAAUGACAUUUGUUGGCGCAGCAAUCUCGAUAGCAUAUUAUGCGUUGUUCGUACCUAUCGCGUAUACUAUUGGUGCCAAAUACAACAUCACCAACGAGUUCAUUAUAGGAGCCUGCAUUCUGCCUGGAGGAAUAGGUAACAUAAUCGGCGCGCCAUUGGCAGGUCGCCUCUCCGACCGCGUAGUCAUCGCUUCUCGUAAGAAAUACGGCAUCGAUUCGUGGCGUCCAGAAGAGCGACUGAAGGCUGCCCUCGUCGGUGCGCUCAUCCUCGUCCCGCUCCCUGUCCUCCUUUCGGGGCUUAUCACACAAUACAUCGACGGCGAGCUCGGUCUCGUUCUGAACCUUAUAUGUUUCUUCAUCAACGGUGUUGGGGCGAAUACAGUCCUAACGCCUCUUUCGGCAUACAUGGUGGAUAUCAUGCAUUCCCGCAGUGCCGAAGUCAUGGCUGCUUCAUUGUGCUCCCGGGCAAUGAUACUUUCUGUAGCUGUUGCCUUCGUGUUGCCGUUGAUCAAGCUCUACGGUGUAGCCAUCGCCGACGGCGUCAUAUCAUUGAUCGGGUGGCUCGCGUUUGUUUUGUUGUGGGUGGCCAUACGAUACGGGAAGGAGAUGAGAGGCUGGGUAGAUAUAGGAUUCUCAACGGCAGAAGAUACCUAAGACAUGGUGUUUUAUAGAAAAUGGACAGAGUAGUGAUUGGGUAACCGUGACGACGCUAAGUCUGAAGGGCCUCGUUCUUCGAGAAUUGUUUUGCCGGACUAGCUGUAGAGGCUAAACUUAGCGAGGCCGCUCGGGCUACGUUGUGCAUCUGCGUUUCGAGAUGAUGGAAACUCGGCACUUCUGUACACCGAUGUACGGAAACCUGCUUCAACUUCCCUUUGGCCGGUGCUAUCCACGUAACCACCGUCCCCGUACGUUUCUUUCUCACCCACUUUCACUCUGCUGGAUCGUUUACAAGCGUGGAACCCGGCUAUUGAUAGCUCGGACCGUGUCUCCAUCACUGACAUCAGACAUAAAUACCCUAUACCGAUGUGAAAAGGCAUAAAUUCAUAAAUUUUACAUCCC